AUGGAGCAGGAGGCAAGGGGGACGACGGCGGUGGCUGGAGACGAAAGGCGAGAGUGGACGGAAGCCGAAUGGGCUGAGUGGAAUAAGAAGUGGUACUGGGGGCAGAGCUGGAUGUCUGGCUCUCAAUGGUACGCUUCUGGGGAAGCAGGUCAGCGUGAUGGAGCAGCUGGGGCGGCUGCUUCGACCACGUUGCCGGCGUCUGGGGUUGAGCACUCAGACCCGUGGCACGCUCGCAAUGGCGACCCGUGGUCAAGAAGGACCUCGACGUCUGGAGCACCUCCGGCAGUCGAUCACGGUCGUCAAGGCGGUUGGUGGCAGUCAGGACACUACGCCAAGGGGGACUAUAGUGAUCCUCCGGCGUGGCCCGGAUGGAGCAACUAUAGGUUGUGGAGGAGGGCCAUUCUUCGGUGGAAUCACAACACCGACGUGAGCGUAUGGAGGAGAGCCGAGAAGGUUCUCAAGACGCUUGAAUGGGAUCUUCAGGCCAAGCUCGAUCAUGUUUCCGAGACCACCUUGGCCAGUCCGGCCUACAUCACUGAGAUCCUGGGGGUCCUGGAUGUGCUAGCAGGAGAAAGAGAGGAUUCUGAGAAGAGGAGAGCCGUUCGAGCAGCCUUGUUUGAAGGCAACAGACGAGGCGAUGAGAGCUUAGCGCAGUACGCGCUGCGUCGGGAGUCGCAGUUUGAAGUGGCCAGUCGAUACAUUGCCAUCCCGGAAGAGAUCAAGGGCAUCCUUUUGGAGGAACAGUCUGGCCUUUCGAAGCAGAGCGUGCAAAGUCUCAGGGUCCUCACCAAGGGGCAGCACUCUUACUCCGAGGUGAGAAAGGCACUUCAGGUACUUGACCUGGACGAGGAGAGCAUUGUGAAGCCAGGCAAGGUGAACUAUUUCGGCGACACCAUGGAGGAAGAGAUCAUGGACUCCGACCUGGACGAUGAGGAGGUCUUUGCGGCCCUCGAGUACCAGGAGGUUGAUGAAGAUGCAGCGAUUUCCCUCAUGGCUGAUCUACAGCAAGACCGACGGCGAACUUGGAAGGAAAACAAACUUUUGAAGGCUGCCCGUAGGAAAGACCGAAGACAUUUUGAUGACAAGAACUCACGGCCAUCUCGACCUCCGUAUCGCCGAAGGUUGUCCAUCGAGGAGCUCAAGAAGGUGACCCAUUGCAGCAAUUGCGGCAAGAAGGGACACUGGCGAGAAGACUGUCACGAGGCUUCAACCAAUGGUGACAAGACUCAUAAGGACAAGCGUCCCAAAAUGGCAGCUUUUGCCUACCUGGGAGUGUCCGAGCAGGGGAACGACUCCGUUUUCCUCGUCGCGAACUUUGGCAGCUACCAGACCAUGGAGCAGGACUGUUUCUUGGAACUUGGCCCGGGGCAGGCAAUUGUGGACCCGGGCGCUUCGCAAGACCUCAUCGGACAUCCCAGUUUUUUGAAGCUUCAGGAAAAGCUUCGUGAAGUUGGUCUGAAGACCAUCAAGCUGGAGGAGAAGCCAGCUAAGGCCUCCGGAGUGGGUGGCACUGCUAAGACGCUCUUCAUGGCCUUGGCACCAUGUAUCCUGGGGGGACAACCAGGAAUAGUGAAGUUGACCGUUGUGGAAGACAACAUUCCACAACUUUUGUCGAUAGGACUUUUGGAGCAUGGUCACGCCGUUAUCGAUACGCAGGCAGACCAGAUUUUCUUUAAGAAAUUUGACAAGGUGGCAAAGAUGACCAGAAUUCCAUCUGGCCACCGCAUUUUGAGCAUCGCAGACUGGGAUGGAAGCGAAUUCCCGGUUCCUCCGCAACUGACGGAGAAGUUUGGCCUCACGGUGAAGAAGUCGCGCAUUCGCUCGGAAGCGGACCGAGAACACCUGGAGAUGAGCUGGCAUCACUUUGCUCGAAAGCUGCUGAUCUUGAAUCGGGGCCCGGGAGCUUUGGAGACUCUCGGCAUGAAGACGCGCCCAGGGGACUUCACGACGUCGUCUCCGGGACCCUCCGAUCCGUCCGGGAUGAUGCCGUCCUCUCGGAAGAUGUUGGACAGCUGCAGUCAUCCCAAAGAGUUCGAGACUCGAGGCGCCAAUCAGCAUGGAACGUGGACAAGGUGCUCACUGUGCCAGAGCAAGACUGGCUACCAAAAGUACGGCAAGAACAACCCGCCUCCGGCGGCCAGAAAGGCCAAGAGCGUGGCAGUCGAGACCUAUGUCUCGGCACCAUCCACGCCAGCUCCGAGAACUCCUCUCCCGGUGACCUCAGGCCCCGUGCCCUCCAUCAUGCCGGAUCUCGAGACGGCGUUUCAGGGUCAGAAUCAGCAGCUGGCACACAACACGGCUGCCAUCAUGGCCCAGGUGAUGACACCGGUGGUGGAGGGCUUUCACCAAGCACUCCGAGUUCAGGCAGAGGAGGCCCAGCGGAUCCAAGAUCGACAAGAAGUGCAAAUGCAACAGCUCUUCUUGACUCAGCAGCGCAUCAUGCAGCAAACAGAUCCGACUCGUCAACCCGGAGCGGUCUUUCCGGCGUUGAGUCCGGAGGAGAUCCACCGGAUGAUGGCACAGUCAUUUGCCAUGGCACAGCGACAUCCUCUUCCAGAGGAGGACGAACUGGACAGCCUUCCGGGGGGGCCUCCGGACCACAUGGGCUAG